AUGGCUACCUUCCCUACAUAUGAUGAGGUCUAUCCUCCUACCUAUGAACAAGAUGCUCAAUAUCAAUAUGUGGAGGAACCACCACUGUAUGUUCAAGAUCAAGGGUAUGAAGAGGAAUCUUUUGGUGAUAUCAACAUUGUAGACUCAUAUAUGGAUAUUGUUGAGGAAGAAGAUGAAUUGCCUGAAGCUUGGAUACCUUAUUCUGCUGCUUCCACAAUACAACCUGGAAAUGGUAAUCAACAAGUGAUAAUUGGAACACCAUUUCCCCAAUCAUCAGAUCUAAAACAACACUACUGUGAUUUGUAUCCAGAGGAAUGUGCCAAAGCAAAAUGGCCAUUAGAGAGAAACUUCACAGAAAGUAGAAAUGAGACUUUGGGAGGGGCUCUGGGAAAGGGUACUGCAUUGAAUCAUGUUGAUUUAUCUGGCUGUGGUUUGGCUCUGAUCCUUCUCCUGCUUAUUCUAUUGGGUUUGAAUGGUGGGUGGGCUGGGGAUAGAGGAGGACAAGAUAAAAGUCAAAGUAGUGGCUUACAUGUACCUGGCAAAGAUAGGAGUAGAAAUGAACAAAACCGGGAAAAUCCAAGGAAGAACACAAACAAGGCAGAUACAGAAGGCCAAAAUGAUAGGGGUGGUGGAGGGGACAGGGCAGACACUGGAAACAAGAAAAACCAAAGAAAUGAUGGAACAGAUAAUAAGAGGGAUAGUGGCAGACACAGAAGAGAUGGCAGAGACAACAGGAAUCAAAAAGAUGAUAGCAAGGAUAGGCAUGCUGAAAGUAACAGGCAACAUGGGAAGAAAGAUGAUGAGCAAAACAGGAGAAGCCAUAAAAAUGAUGAUAAUGCCCAAAAUCCUAGAAAUAGUCGGAGAAAUGAUGAAGAAAGGAGCAACAGGAGGAAUGGUGACAAUCCUAGAGAUCCCAGAGAAGGUAGGAGGCAUGGGGAAGACACCAGAAGCAGGAGGAAUGGUGAAAGGAAUGGUGAAAGGGAUAGUGGUAACAGAAAACCUGACAGAGAUAAACAUAAUCCAAAAAAUAGACAUGAUACUCAAGACAGAAAUGGGGACAGGAACAGAAGACACAGAGGUGACAACGGUGAUGUGCCUAGUACAGACCCCUCUAGAAACACCAAUAGAAGACAUGCUGAAACUCCAGAACAGAAGCAAGCAAGAAGAGAUGCACAGAAGCAAGCUGAAAGGGAUGCUCGAGAUAAAGCCAAAGAAGAGGCUAGGCAAAAAGCCAAAGAUGCAGAAAAGGAGGCCAGAGACAAAGCCAAAGAAAAGGCUAGGCAGAAAGCCAAAGAUGUGGAAAAGGAGGCCAGGGACAAAGCCAAAGAAGAGGCUAGGCAGAAAGCCAAAGAUGCGGAAAAGGAGGCCAGGGACAAAGCCAAAGAAAAGGCUAGGCAGAAAGCCAAAGAUGCGGAAAAGGAGGCCAGGGACAGAGCCAAAGAAGAGGCUAGGCAGAAAGCCAAAGAUGCGGAAAAGGAGGCCAGGGACAAAGCCAAAGAAGAGGCUAGGCAGAAAGCCAAAGAUGCGGAAAAGGAGGCCAGGGACAGAGCCAAAGAAGAGGCUAGGCAGAAAGCCAAAGACAAUGGAGCAGGCACCAGUGAUAGCUCUGCCAGUAAAUCAUCUUGGAUCAGUCCUCAUAUGAUGCUUGGUCUUUUGGUCUUGAUUGCCCUUAUGGCCAUGGCUGGAGGAUCUCAAUUCCCACAGUAUUUGCCAACUUUCAACAAACCGUCUUUGCUUAACCAGCCUGCCGGCGGUAUAUUUAGGGGAAGUAGUAUACUUGGAUCAGGACCAAUCAUAGGGAGUGGACCAAUUUUAGGCAGUAGACCAUCAAGACCCCAAGUCAUAGCAAGUCCAAAAGUUAUACCAGCUGGUUCAAGAGCACCAACGUGGUCUGUCAAAGACUCUUCCUCACCUCAUAUACACAUCAACAAUGUCAAUUCGCAAGGAGAUAGAAAUGCCAUCAACAUUGAUUAUGCCAUCAACAUUGAUUCUGAUCCUACUCCUCCCCCAGUGGUUGAGAUUCAAACUGAAGCCCCUCCAGUAAUUGUACAGGAAAAAGUAUGGGAACCUAUGUCCAUCCAAUUUACUGGACCAGCAAAUCCGGAUAGAUUAUUAAAUAUGAUCUUAGCAGGUUUAAUUGUUAUCUUACCUCUGAUCUUGGACUGGAUUAGAGAUUAUCCUGAGAAAAGAUACACUGAACCAGAUUAUAUCUCACCUGGCAUCCAACUUGUUCUUCUUGUAGGAUUGAUUUUGAUGGGUUUAUUACUUGCAGAUUGGCAUUUUGGUUGGACAUCAUCAAUAGCCCCUUAUGCUGAAGUUUCAGUCACAGAAAUACAAAGUGGUCUUACACCAGUCAUCAUUGGAGCUGUAGAAACUACUGAAUCAUUGGUUUGGGGAUUCGAAGAUGUCAUUUUUGGUGAGGAUAGGAUUUUAUUAGGAAUGGGUUUAGCGGCUUUAGGUGUAGUUUUGUUAAGUCAAAGAGAACCAAGUGUUGAUAUCCCAAAAACAGAAUAUGCUAAUCCAACGACUCAAGCUUUGUACUUCUUAGGUUCAUUCAUCAUUGGAAUGUUCUUAUGGAAUGCUUAA